UGCAUUUGACUUAUGCAAAAUGUCUUCCAUGGAGAAAAACAGAUCAAUUUUUUUCCCCUUACAGGGACAGCGACAAAAAAAGCUAGAGGCCAAAAAAAUUCGAGAGGCGAUAGAAGAAGAGGAGCGGAAACAAAUUGACAUAGAAGAAGCAAAAUACCAGGCUCAGAUACGGAAGGAGGCCAUUGAGAAAGCAAAAGCCCAGCAGUACUACCAGACCGACAGAGUGAAAGGCUUCCAUAGUGCUCUGCUGCUGGCGGAGGUUCUGAAGGAAAGAGAGGCUCAGAUCGAACUAAAACGCAUGAAGCAAAAUUCCAGCAAGGACAUAGACAGAGAUAUCUUGGCCGAAAUGGCUUGCAGAGAAGAACAGGCCCUCCAGCAGGAGCAGCAGAAAGCCAUACAGAGGAAACAAGACCAGCUGGCCACCGCUGAGAGCGUGAAACAACAGAUGAAGGAUCAUGACAUGAAGAAAGAGCAGGAGAGGCAGGAGGUCCAACGUGAGGCUGAAGAAAUUGAGCGACUCCGAGAUCUUCAUCUGUGGGAACAGUCCAUGACUGAGUGCAAGAAACAGGAAGAGAAGAGAAGCGCGAUGAAGGGUCAUCAGGACUAUAUGACCAACAGAGAGCUGAUGAAAGCAACAGAGGCUCAGAGGCAGGAGGAAGAGGAGGAGAAACGGAAGCAGCUCGCCAAGCAAAAAGAAAAAGUCAUGAAAAUGAGGAAAGAGAAGCAAGAGGAAAUAUUUAG